CUCCUCCAAUCACCAGAAUUUGCAAUGCAUUUGGGCCUCUCCAAUCUUCACCAUUUUACUAGAAUUCGGAAAAUGCAUUUGGGCCUCCAUUCAUGCCCAAUUUAAUCUGUCGUCACCCACUCGUGCAUAGAUUUCCUCUGCAAAUCUAUUCCAGUUGCAGGGAGAUCGGGAUUUUGCCAACUCGUCAAAGGUCCGCGUGCACAUCACUGCCACCGCUGGGUGGUAGAUCUGGCUUUCCUCUCUCCAAUUCCAGUGCUUACUCGCCGGCGCUGGGCCACGGGAAUGGUUUAGAAGGUAUGGAACCGGAGAAGGGGAAGAGGACCGCCGGCUUCCUUUUUGAGAGAUGGCUGCCGGUUGCUCUGCUACAGGAAGAGGAGGGUGAAAUCGAGAGCUGAGGAUAAAGAUUCAUGGAUUUGGGGCCACGGGAGAGAUGAUGGUUUUGAUAGAUUAAUUGAAACCAUGGGGUUUUGGCAUAGAAAAAGAAAGAAAGGCCAUGAUAGGAGACGGAAGGUGAUCACCGGUGGCCUUUUUAGAUGGCUGCCGGUUGCUUUGCAACGGGAAAAGGAGGGCCAGGUCGAGGAUCUGCAUGAGGAAGAGAAGGAAACUGAGAAGACAAGGGCGGCGUGAAAGAGUGGAAAAGGAGAUCCAAAAGGUUUUGGGUAUGGAAGGGAAGCUCAAUCACCAGCAAUUUUGAGGGAUGGCUACCGGCUAUUUUGUUCAAGAGAGAGAAAUCGAAGAAGAAAAGAGAUCCAAGGGUAAAGGGAGAAGCCAUGGGUCGGUGAGGAAAGAGGCAUGGAGAUUCAUCGCCAGCAGUUUGAGGGGAGGUGGAUGCCGGCUGAUGGUUGCUAGCAAAAGGAUGGGGAGGGUUCGGAAGAGAGAGAGAAGCUAAGGGUUGACUGAAAAAU